GAUACACCUUGCAAGGUACUUAGGAUCUUAAUAUUAUUUGCCGUCCACAUGCUGUAAAAACAAGGUGAAACCACCGCCUCCCCUACCCCCACCCAGCAAUCUUCUAAAAACACGACUAUUAAAAGAAACUAAUUAUUAAAAAAAAAAAAGAAAAAAAGGAGAAGAAGAGCAAGGAAAGAAAGCAGAGGUUUGACCCCUAACAUUGAAUUCCCAAUCUGUGGAGCGGAUCGGUGGAUUCCUCGCCGUUAUCCAUUGGCUCGAUCAAAUUCCGGUUGCAAUUUUGGGAUUGAAUCGAGCCGUUGAGUGAUCAAUGGAUCAGAGCAGGAGAGCUGUGGAAUCCUACUGGAGGUCGCGAUUGAUCGAUGGCGCCACCUCCGACGAGGAUAAAGUCACUCCCGUCUACAAAUUGGAGGAGAUUUGCGAGCUUCUCCGGUCCUCCCAUGUCAGCAUCGUUAAGGAAGUCUCCGAAUUUAUCCUUAAGCGACUCCAGCACAAAUCACCUGUUGUCAAGCAAAAGGCCUUAAGAGUGAUCAAGUAUGCUGUUGGAAAGUCCGGUGCAGAGUUUAGGAGGGAGAUGCAAAGAAAUUCUGUGGCUGUGCGGCAGUUAAUCCACUAUAAAGGACAACCAGAUCCUUUAAAAGGUGAUGCCUUGAAUAAGGCUGUGCGGGAGACAGCCCAAGAGACUUUGUCUGCGUUAUUUGCAAAUGAGGAUAGUAAACCUUCCCCUGCUGAAAAUCUUAGCAGGAGGAUUGAAGGAUUUGGAAAUACAAACUUUAAUACGACAUCAGACGAUAAGAAGUCUUUCCUUACUGAGGUGGUUAACAUUGGGAGCAGCACAAUAAAGCAGGGACUAAGCAGUUUUACCCAAUCCCCAUCUCUUAAAAAAAAUGAGACUGGAUCAUACAGGAGUCCGAAUCUUCAAAGAUCGCUAACACGGGAAAAUGAUGCCAUGGAUAGAUAUGAAGGCCUUAAUUCCUCCAAUGGGAGCCAGAAUAGUUCUAGGUUUUCAGGUGCUGUUGAUUCGUCAAAUUGGAACCAGGAUCGUAGAUCGCCUCAGUUAGAAGCAGCGGGAGGGGAUCCAAGUUCAAAUUAUGGUGACAAGACCCGUGAGGAGAAGCUAUUGGAAACUAUAGUGACAUCUGGUGGCGUACGUUUACAGCCAACACGAGAUGCACUUCAGGUUUUUCUCUCGGAGGCACUGAAGUUAGAUGCUCUGGCUUUAUCUUAUGCUCUAGAAUCAAAGCUUCAAUCUCCUAUGUGGCAGGUUCGAAUGAAAGCUGUCUGUGUUCUUGAGGCGUUGUUGAGAAGAAAAGAUGAAGAACAUUUUACUCCUGUGGCUCUUUAUUUUAAUGAAAACAGAGAUGUGGUGGUGAAAUGUUCUGAAUCUCCCCAGGCUUCAUUGAGAGAGAAAGCAAACAAGGUCCUCGGCCUAUUGGCAGGCGAGCAAACUGUUAAUGGAGCGAGCCAUGAAGAAAAGGGAUUUAAGGCUGAAGCAACUGCAUUUCAGAUGCCGGACUUGAUAGAUACUGGUGAUCCUGAUGAACUAGUUACGAAUGAUUUUUUAAAUUCGCAGGAUUAUCAGAGUACUGAAAAACCAUCGACUUCUGCUGCUCCCUUGAUUGGUGAUUUGUUUGGAGAAGGUCAGGGGACCGAUUUGGGUGGCAGUGGACAGAAAGGUGAUGAUGAUCCAUUUGCAGAUGUGUCCUUCCAUAGUGGCAAUAAUAAGGAACAGGAGGGAGCUGACAUAUUUUCUGGAAUGAACCUUGAUAAAUCAGGCACAACAGAAUCAUUUGUAGCAGUUAAUCAGGGUGGACCUGAAUUGUUUGAUAUCUUUGGUUCUACAUCUGAAGUUCCCCUGGGACUUGAUAAUUCCAAAAGAGAUAUGAAUGACAUGAUGGCAGGUUUAUCUGUGGAUGGAAAUAGCUCAUCUGAGAAACAGAGUGGAAAGCUAUGGGGUACAGAACCUAAAAAUGUUUCUUCAAAUUCAAAAGUGAGUCCAACUAGUCAGGCUCCUAGCGAUGUCUUCAAUAGCAUGAUUACUCCGCAGGCCAUUGGGAUGAACUCAAAUCCCAUGUUUUCUGUGGGUGAUACUCCAUAUAGUUUGGCACCAGGUUUCAUGUUAAAUCCAUCGUUUGCAACCCAGCCAGUUAACUAUAAUGCCAUGGCUAGUUUGCUUGCCCAACAGCAAUUGCUUGCUACAAUGUCCAACUUUCAGCAGCUAGGAAAUUUGCAGUCGAACCCCGGUGCUGUUGCUGGACCAAAUGGAAGUUAUUCUUCACCACUACCGGACAUAUUUAAUCCUUCUCUCCCAAAUCAAACUCCUCCUUCAAUGAUAAGUACUUCCAAGAAAGAGGAGACAAAGGCAUUUGACUUCAUAUCGGACCAUCUGGCUGCUGCUCGUGAUCCCAAAAGAGUGGUUUGACGAUAGUUCAGAAGAUGUAUUGUUCAUAGAAGGCCUUAUUCAGCUGAAGAGUGACUAUGUUAUGUGGUUCGAAAUGGAAAUCACAGCUGGGAAUACACUCAUUAUCAAAACUCCAAUUGCACAUUGCAAAAUCCGGCUUCUUCUGAAAAUCAUGGUAAAGAAUCUCAAGACGUGGGUAAAAACGAUCAUUUCAUUUGCAGAAAGGAAACAGUCAUGUAGUUCACUGGCAUAUUUGUGGUGUGUUGUAUGGAUCUGUUGCAGCCUUCGGAUUAUACAAUUGUGCAGUUAUGUUUCAUCUUUGCUACAUUUUUGUACUUAAUGUAUGAGCUUCCAUUUUUCCCCCGAAUUUAAGUUUUGACCCAAAGAUAUGUCCUGAAGCCAUCAAUGUACUGAUUCCUUUAAAUUGUAUUAACUUCCAAAGUAAAGUGACCAUGAGUGAGGUCGUAGUUGUUCACAUAAUUGCUGACAUACAUACAAUCAGAUAUUGUGGGCUUUUUCCCAAAAAAAAUUAAUUAAAAUAAACGUGGAC